CUCAAAACAAAAAGCAUGAUACGUAAUAUCGCAAGCCUGUUUUUAGUUCUACGCAUUUUGUGUAUUUUAAAUUAUUCGCAAUGUUACAAAAUUUUGGCCAUCAUUUCGACAUCAUCCUACAGCCAUCAGAUUCCGUUUCGACCAUUAUGGCUUGAAUUGCACGCGCAUGGUCACGAGAUAGUAUUGGUCACCACGAAUCCUAUACCGAAUAUCAACUUACCAAAUUUCACUCAGAUCGAUGUAAGUCAAACUCAUACUAAUUUAAAAAACAUAGAUUUCCUCAAAUUACGAAUUGAAGGAGUGGAUUGGAUAAAAAUUGUGUACGAUUAUUUAAUGCCUAUAUUCGAUAAGCAAUUACUUGAGAUAUUCGAAUCCACAGAAAUGAAAAAGUUAUAUGCUCCGGAUAGUAAUGUAACAUUCGAUGUUUUUUUAACGGAGUUUAUCUACGUAUCACCCCUAUAUGCUUUUGCGCAUAGAUUCAACGCUUCUCUAAUAGGAUUAUCUUCGUUAGGAUUACAUAGCUUUAAUGAGGCGAUACUUGGAGGAAUAAUUUUGCCUUCUCAUGAGUAUACUUGGGAAGUGGGAGAGGACACAGGAAUAAAUUUGCCGUUCUUCAAACGAUUGUACAAUUUCGUGAAAAUAUAUUAUUUCCAUUACUUUUUAAAUACCAAAAUGAUGUCUAAAUAUCAAAAAAUAGCGGAGAAAUAUCUUGGACCAUUACCACCGUUGUCGGACAUUAUGAGAAAUACUAGUCUAGUUUUUGUUAAUCAGGCUGAUGUUAUAACAGCAGGACGACCGAAACUUCCAAAUAUGAUCACUUUCAAUUCUUUCCACAUAUUUAAGAAUCUACCUCCCUUGCCAAAGGAUAUAAAAAAAUUUCUAGACGAAGCGAAACAAGGAUUUAUCUAUUUUAAUCUCGGUUCCAAUGUAAACAGUUCAGCAUUGCCAGAAGAAAUUAAAAGCAUAUUUCUCGACGUUUUUCGUAAACUGCCGUACAAAAUUAUAUGGAAGUAUGAACAGAAUUUAAACGAAAAAUUCGAAAACAUUUACAUAGGGAAGUGGUUACCUCAGCAAACGAUUCUUGCUCAUCCGAAUAUUAAAUUAUUCAUUUAUCAAGGAGGUGUACAAAGUACUGAAGAAACUAUUGAAUAUGGAGUGCCAGUUAUUGGUUUCCCAAUAAUGGCGGAUCAAUAUUAUCAAAUAAAAAGAAUGGAAACUCUUGGCAUUGGAAAACUAUUAAAAAUUACAACUUUCACGAGAGAUGAAUUUGAAAACGCUAUUAAUGAAAUCAUAAUUAAUAAAGAAUAUAAAGAGAGAAUACUUAAUAUUCGAAAUCAAAAUAGGGAUAUACCUUAUGAUGGUGUGAAACAUCUCGCUUGGUGGACAGAAUAUGUAAUAAAAACGAAAGGCGCCCCACAUCUUCGCUCUACAUUAGCUUUAGAACCUUGGUAUCGACGAUUUGACAUGGACAUUAUAGUAUUUUUGACAAUAAUAACAUUUAUUAUCGUUUUAAUCAUGCUUAAUAUAAUUGCUAAGUGUUUUAUAUAUUUUUGCAAAAUGCUGCAAAUUUCUAUAAAUCAAAAACAGUUAGUAUGUUCUAAAUCGUUCAACAUGAAGUAUAAGAACGGGAUCGUAAUAUUCACACUGUGUUUCAUAAAUAUUAUAAAUCAGUUAAAUGGUGCCAGAAUCUUAGCUAUACUACAUGUACCAGUAUACAGUCACCAUGUUCCAUUUCAACCAUUAUGGAAAGAAUUGAUCAAACGUGGCCACGAAUUGGUACUUAUAACGUGCAAUCCUAUUCCCGCUAUAAACUCAACGAAUUUGAGACAGAUUAAAUUUAAUGUCGAUCUCAAAUACUUACCAAAUUACGCCGAACUACGUCUGAAUCGCAAAUCUUUUAUAUCAUUUAUGAAAGACGACGUGUUUGUUACAUGUUUGCAUAUAGCAGCUAGAAUAUUUGAACAUCCGGAAGUUAAAAAACUCUACGCUCCAGAUAGUAAAGAAAAGUUCGAUCUAAUAAUGAUACAGAUGCUUGCUACACCAGCUUUAUAUGCAUUUGCUGACAGAUUUAAUGCUCCUAUUAUAGGAUUAAGCGCAUUUAGAUUGAUGACAAUUGACACUUACAUGUUAGGAAAUUUCGUGUUACCCUCUCACGAAAAUACAUGGGAAAUGGAAUCGAAUACAGGGACUAAUUUGUCAUUUUGGCAGAGAUUGAACAAUUUUUAUAUCAUGUGGAAUUUUAUUUACACAAUGCAUUAUAAAUCUUUCCCUGCUCAUCAACAAUUAGUCGAUAAGCAUUUUGGCCCAUUUUUAUCUCCGAUUAAAGAUAUUAUAAGAAAUACCAGUCUCAUAUUUGUUAACGAAAAUCAAAUUACGUCGUAUGCACGACCAGAACUACCGAAUAUAAUCAAAUUUCAUUCGAUCCAUGUUGCUGAUUAUUCGGAACCUUUGCCACAGGAUCUAAAAGAAUUUGUUGAUAAUGCAACAAAUGGGUUUAUCUAUUUCUCAAUGGGCCACACUGUAAAAUUUUCAAUUAUUUCAAACAAUAUUCAAGAAAUCUUUUAUGAUGUGUUUGAAAAAUUGCCUUAUAAAGUGGUAUGGAAAUAUGAGAAUGAACCAUUACGAAAACUUAAAAAUAUUUAUAUUACAAAAUGGUUGCCUCAAAAAAGUUUGCUCGCUCAUCCAAAUCUCAAGCUUUAUAUUUACCAAGGAGGAUUGCAAAGUACUCAAGAAGCUAUACAUCAUGCAGUACCGCUUCUCGGUAUACCAAUAUUUUCCGAUCAGGAAAAUCAAGUAAAAAUAGCAAUAAAUCAUGGUAUUGCAAAACGUUUAAACAUUGAAACUUUGACGAGAGACGAGUUAGAAUCUGCUAUUCAUGAAAUGAUUAAUAAUAAACAAUAUAAGAAAAAUAUAAUAAAUCUUCGAAAGCUUAUAAAUGAUUUGCCAUACGAUUCAUUAAAUAUUCUUAUUUGGUGGACAGAGUACGUGAUUCGACACAAAGGUGCUCCAUAUUUUCGAAGUACUUUGGCUUGGCAAUCGUGGUAUCAAUACUGCGAUAACGAUAUUAUAGUAUUUUUAAGUUUCGCAGUAUUUUUAAUCAUUUAUUCUAUAAUUAAGAUCAUUAGAAAACUUGUUUUAUAUAUGCAUAAACUUUCUAUGGAUCAGAAGAAGAAGAGAAAUUAA